UAUCAUUUUCAUUCGCUCAAUGGGAUUUGGUGAUUGGCAUCGUACGACGAGAUACAAAAGUACACUGCUGUCCAAACGUUUUCAAUUGUGGAAAAAAGAUAACCCUCCGCAGUACCAGUAUAUAGCAAAAAAUAUUGUUAUCUCAAACAGCAUUCAGCGUUAAUGACUUAAUGUUAUCAAAUAGCCAAUAAUAAUAAUUGAUGUAAGUACCGUGCGGUAGGUAUUAAAAUCGUACGAUAUAUGUACAAAAGUUCAAUAAUGUCACCUAAUUGGUAUAGGCCUAUUAUUGAGAGUUUAAAAUGUAUUUUCAUCAAAAUGAUUUGUUUUUCAACGAUCGGUGUCAAAUAAUAUUGAAUAAAUCUAUUGUAUAGUAAUUCGAUAUGCAAAUUUCAAAAUGGUUUAUUCGAAUAUGUAGUUCCACCAGACAGAUAAAUUUUCAACUUCUUGAUACCAUAUUGAAAACAAUAAUUAUUGAAGAGCGCAUACAGUAUUCAACAAUAUGGAAAAAUGAAUUUGUAAAGUGUUAAAAUUCUAAAAUGCGAUAUAAUGUGGAAUCUUCCACAAUAGUGCUGUUUUCAAUCAUUAUUGUCAUGUUGGAUAUCCUGCCAAGUACAGUACCUGAAGACACUCAGCAAAGUAGACCACAAAAUGAUAACCCUGAAGUAUCAUUUGAUGAGCUGACAACGAUAUACUACGACAUGAAUGGCAAGCCAGUUCCACUGAUAUCACGAAGUCCCGGCAAUGGUCCAGCUCUGAAGGCUCAAGCUUUGAACUACGGCUGGCUUCCGUGCUCUUGCCAGGAGUCCAUCUGUGGCUGCUGCGCCCACAUCAAUGUCAACUCAUUCAACUUUCAUCGCGAUGCUUGCAUGAAUUUCACAUACGUGUCCAAGGAUUUUGCAAUCAUAUGAUAUGUUACUGGAUGACUACUCUCUCUAUCACAGCACUAUAUCAGGUAAAAAUCCACCUCCAGCCUGUAUACCAGUGACACUGGUACCAGGCCUAUCAUUCUGUCUCCGAUUCCACGACAUGUACCCAUCAUCCAACAACAUGCACAUGUGUGUCAAUUUUGAGACCAACUAUGCAGCGAUUCCGCUACUUGUGCUGCAGUUCCGUUGCUUCAAGAUCGGACAGGACGGUUUCAACCUGGAUCAAAAUGCACCAGCAAAUGAGACAAGUGUCAGCUCUACUUCGACAACGUCAUCCGACGUUCAAAUACCACCUUUGGGAGCUGACAUUUAUGAUGAAGUAAUAGAGGAGAAGAAUAAAAAGAUUGUUCGGGAAGAAUCAAACAAUAAUACUGAGAUUGUAAGGCAAAGUUGAUGAUAGGUACAAUAGAUAGGUUCAACAGGUAUAACAUAAUCACUCAAAACAUGCCUUCGAUAUGGCUUCAGUCAUUGAAUUGGAACUUCAGUCAUACAGAGGAAUAAAUGAGACUCGAAUAUUCUAAGGAACUUUUUAUUACAAAUAUCACAGGCUGGCAAUUUCUAGAACUAAAACAACUCCGGUAAGAGCUUCAUUAUUCUACAUUUAUAAUUAUUAUCCUCCUCCAAAAAUAUUUUCGUCGAUUUUAUUGAUUAC